GUGCAUGCUGGAUGAUUUGUGCAGCCGAUAGGAACGAGGUGCAGACUUCUUUUUUGCUUGCACAACGAUACAAGGUACAUACAACACAACAUACGUACAACAAUAAAUCGUAUCCUACACAUACCCGACCCUCAUGAUUGAUUGAGUGACUGAUCCGUUAAUUCUGCAGGACACUCUCAUUGAUGCGCUAUGCUGUCACUCCCUUCCCUCAGUUUCGGUGGGCACAUGGCCAUGGACGAGAAGAGUGUCGUCGGAGGCGACAGCCAGGGUGAACAUAUCAUGUCCAAGGAGGACCUCGCAGACACUCACAUCAUCGGACAAGUACAUACGCAGACAGACAUUGUCAAGCAGACAGGCAGACAGCAAAGAAACAGACAGACAGACAGACAGACAAUCGAAGAAACAGACAGUCACUUGGUCACGUACGCUUGGUGUCUCUGGCCACGUGUGCAGGUUGACCACAAGUUUGUAUGCUGCUUCGCUGCCUCGAUGCAGUCCAUCGCCCUGGUGGACCAACACGCAUGCGGUAAGGACAAAAGUCGCUCGGUCAAUCAUUCUGUCUCUUGCCUCAUCCGUGGCCGUUUCGUUGUUUGGCGAAUGUGGAGGUGAGCGAAUUGAGUUGGAGAAGAUCUUCGAGGCCCUUGCAGCGGGCUGCCACGACGACAAGCUGCUGUCGACGGCUGUUCUCUCGCCCGCAGCCCGUGUGCUACUCACGCCAGGACAGCACGCCGCACUCGUCAAAUAUCAAACACUCGUACGUCUAUCGCUCCACACCACAUUCUGUCGUGUGUGGCUGGAUGGAUGGAUGGAUGCAGGUGAGCAAGUGGCGUUUCCAUGUCGAUGUCUCGUCAGCUGCCAUGGCUCCCGACGGAUCCAUCCGCGUCAAAGGUCAGUCAGUCCAGGCAUGAGUUCAUGACAUGAAUGAAGGCGUUGCAUUGCGCUGCAUCAGUCCACUCUGUUCCAAAAGUGGCAUCGUAUCAAGCAGCGCCCGAGGAACUUCCCUUCUUCCUACAGUAUCGCACACACCCACAUCACACAGACAGAGAGAGACAAGUGGACAGACAGACAGACGCACAACAAACGCAUCUCUGUUUCUCCUCAUGUGUUUGUCCAUGUGAUCAGGUACUUGGAGACACAAAAGGAGGUGCAUUUCCCCUUCCCCGUCCCACACAACUGUCGCAAGCAGCUCGUGUACCAAGCGUGUCGUCGAGCCAUCAAGUUCGGCGACCCCCUCACCGACCUGCAACAGGCCGACCUCCUCACACGCAUCAAGCAAUGCAAAUAUCCAUUCCAGGUCGCACCCAUUGCACAGAGACGCCAGCCCUCACAUGCAUGUGUGUCUUGUGGUGUAGUGUGCGCAUGGGCGGCCGACUGUGUAUCCAUUGUUCACGCUGGAUGGCCCUGAUGCCUGUGCUGGCGACAGCAGACACGAAGACAGUGAGGGCAAGUCGGCCGGAUGGGAGAGAGAGCUGGGGCCCAUCGACUGAAAAUAUGUCAGCGCGCACAAAUCGUCCGUUAUGCAUGUGAAUGAUGUGUUGAGGCAAAGACGGCUUGGUGUGCGCGCACGUGACUUUCUGCACAUUAGCGAAACGGUUGUGCUGCAUCGUGUACAAGAGCUGGCAUUGCCGACUGUGG